CUGUAGUGGAGCUCUACUUCAUUUGACUUCGCUAAUCCCCAAACCCGAUUUUGCUCCCCGCAUUGCGCGCAGCCGCCCCGCUUGCUGCUGCCCCCGCCACAUGACCCCCCAAGAUUGUUCGGACACGAGCUCAAAGUUUCAGCUCACUGGCGAGAGAGACAGGAGAUGAUUGAGUGCUGCAGGACUAGGCCAUGCCUGAUUUACGGUGGAAUUCGUUAGGGUCUCUCAAGAUUCUCGCCUCCUUGCCCCCAUGUCUUCCUUUUCCGCCGGUUUUGAGCUUGUGGCCAAGCAAUGUUGCAAAGAUUCGCCUCCUUCCUGCCUUCAAGUUCCUGAUAUUGUUGUUGGAGGAAUGUCCUCAGCCAGCUCUUCUCAGUCCCCUGCAUCAACAGAGCGAGAAUCUACAACUGCUAAUGAUAAUGCGAGACCUCAUGAUCCAGGCGCUGAUCCUGCUGGACCAGCACAAAGCAGACUUUCGCUGCAGUUGGAUCAGCGGUCAUUACAUUUUUCUGUUAAUGCUUGGGUUCUUAUUGUUGCGCUGAUCGGCAUCAUUCCACUGGCAACACGACAACUGCAACUCAAGGGAUAUCGUUUGUCACUUCUUGGCACAACCUGUACCACAGGUUAUACCAUAUUUGCUCUUUAUGGGCUACCCAGAGUAGGGAACGUGCAGGCUGUUCAGGCCUGGUGCCACCAUGUAACUUCAUCAAAGGAUUUUAUACCUUUCAUGUACUGCCUUAUGUUUGUUACAUCUAAACUACACUUGAAGCUUGUUUUGGUACCGGUAAUUUGUUGGGCACUUGAACAUGUGGCCAGAUUUCUACGGCGCCAUUUUACCAAUUCCUCUCUGUACAGGGCAUACCUGGAGCCGCUUUGCACAUGGGUUGAGGCAAACACAACUGCAGUCAACUUUCUGAUUGCAAAUGCAGAGAUUUUGUUGGGCUUUCUUAUGAUCUUAUCCCUGUUCUCGAAACAACGCAAUGCUAUGCAAACAUUCAUGUACUGGCAGUUGUUGAAGCUAAUGUAUCAUUCUCCUUUAACUGCUGGCUACCACAGAGCUAUCUGGCUAAAGAUUGGCCGGACAGCUAACCCCUACAUCAACAGUUACACCCCUUUUCUUCAUGACCCGAUAAACGCCGGCAUGAGAUGGUGGUUCAGGUAGGAUGGAUAUGGUGCCGGUAGUCAUGUAAAGGAAUAUAAAUGUUUUUGGUGACGUUUCACAGUUAACCCAAGGGAUAUCUUUUUCUUUGCAAGGUGCAGCUUGUGAGUGACUUGUUAUUAGUCUCUCUUUCUCCUUUUUUUUUUCUUGCGAUAUUGAGCUGAUGAUAGCUAGUGAUGAGUAGUAACUCUUGUAACUUACCCCGUGAUUGUAGAACUUAGUCAAGAUCUUGAGACCAUAAUCUGUUUGCCAUGAAGUGAAUGCGGAAGUGAUGUACUGUUGUGUAA